GCAAAGAACCAUUUCAGGACCAAGUGAGCGUGUCCCAGUUUCCUGCUCAGCGCUCAGCCAGCCACUGGGUUUGGACUGAGGCUGAGGCUGGAGCGCCUCGCCCAGGAUGGAGAGCCUCCGUUCUCCUCCGGCCUCCUUCUGCUCGGCUGCAGAACGCUGGUUCUCUGAUUGAGAACAGGGAGGAGCAGCUCACCCACAGAUGUGACCUUUUGAGGGUCCACUUGAUUCGCUUAACUGGGGUUUUUAGGGGCUUUUUGGAGGCAGGUGAAGAGCAGCACAAAGGUGUCUGAGGGCACUCUUUGGGCUGCAGAGACCUCCAGGUUGGGGGCGAAGGGAGGCUGGCUGGAACGUGCCCCGCCGCAAGCCGGGCAAGGAUGAGGCGUUUCCUGAGCAGAAAGGGCCGCUUCUCCCUGCGCCAGAGCAAGUCUGGGACCCGGAGCGCCUCCAAAGAUUUCUUCCUCGGCCUCCCGCCCACCAACCAGAACUGGCCCGAGGCUUUUGGCUUCCGUCUGGGUGGCACGGGGCCCAGCUACAUCCUGUCCGUGGUGGAGGGCAGCAGUGCGUAUCUGGCCGGUCUGCAGCCCGGGGACCAGGUGGUGGACAUCGAGGGCCAGGAUGUGACCAACCUCAGCACGCCGGCUCUGAUCGCUCUGGCUCAGACCCUGAAGACGGUCCCACCCAGCAUCGGAGUGGUGUCCCGGGUCGAACAGAUUGACAUCACUCCUGGUCCAGACGGUCGUUUUGGCUUCACCAUCGUAGGAGACAGCCCCCUGAUGGUGGAGGACUGUAUGCCCAACGGACCCGCCGGCCGUAACGGCCUGAAGGCCGGGGACUACGUCAUGGAGGUCAACGGGAUCCCGGUGAAGCAUCACGAGACGGCGGCGGCCAUGAUCAAAGCGGCCCAGGGCCGGCCUCUACGUCUGGGCGUCCUCAGUAUGGCCCGAAGACCCAAGAGGCUCAGCAGCAGCAUGAGGGUCCUGUCUCAGAGCGGGGACAGCGUCCGGGAGAGCCGCGCACACAAGGCCAUGGAGUUCAACAAGAAAGUGGAGGAGGUGCUGGGGGAGGAGCCAGAUGUGAAGGAGCAGCUGUUUGAGGUGCUGAAGCAGUACGCAGCUGAGCGAGACGUGGAGAGUCUGGCCGAGGCGCUGCCCGACAUCCUGAUCACUGAGGAGCAUCAGCAGCUGAUCGACAACGUCAGGAUCUUCAUUCCCAAGAAGCACCGGGAGCGUUUCGACGAGGUCGUGUCCCAGAGCCUGAUGAGCCGGCUGAAGGGGCGGAGCUUCAGCGACCCCAGCCGCAACCACCUGCGCCGCAGCCGGAGCGAGGACCACCCCGAGCGCCUCCUGGUCUCCACCCGCGCCAGCUCAGUGCCACGCACCCACGCAGAGGAAGGCGUGGCCCCGCCCACCCGCGGCAUGCGGAAGACCACCUCCCUCAUAGCUGGACACUCCAGCGGCUCCACCACCAACUGCAGGACAGUGAGAGUGUGUAAGGGUAACACAAGUUUUGGCUUCACUCUUAGAGGCCAUGCUCCGGUGUGGAUUGACUCUGUCAUCCCUGGAAGUCCAGCAGACAAGGCCGGUCUAAAACCAGGAGACCGGAUCCUGUUUCUCAAUGGACUGGACAUGAGGACGUCCUCCCAUGAGAAGGUGGUGUCCAUGCUGCAGGGCAGUGGGGCCAUGCCCACUCUGGUGGUGGAGGACGGUCCUCCUACCUUCUCCCUGUCGGAGCAGGACCUGGCUGGGGGGGGCAUCCCCUCGGAGCGAGCCCGCUCCCCGGUGCUCAGCUCCCUGCAGUGGGUGGCAGAAAUCCUGCCGCCCAGCAUCCGAGUUCAGGGCCGAACCUUCGGACAGCAGCUGGAGCACCUGCUGACCAUCCAGGAGAGGUACACCAUCUGCAAGGCUCUGGAGAACUUCUUCCAGCACAGGAAUGUUGACACUCUGAUCGUGGAUGUGUUCCCGGUGCUGGAUACUCCAGCCAAACAGGUGAUAUGGCAGUUUGUUUACCAGCUGCUGACGUACGAGGAGCAGGAACACUGCCAGAGCAAGAUCUCACGCUUCCUUGGAUACAAAGCACCAGUUCCACCACCACCUCCUCCUCCUCCCCCUCCUCCGGAGCCCGAGGUUGCCCCCGAGCCCCACCGACGUAGCAGCUCCAUGAGGGUGACAGGGACCACGUACAGGAGCAGUGUGAGGGGCCGUAGCUCUGAUGACCUGGUCAUUGGCACACACUUGGGCAUGGGGCUCCGUACAGAGACUUUGCUGGAAACAGGGAUGAGGUUGGCUCCAGGAGAGAGACAGUCAGGAGACGGUACCUCCCUUCCUGAGACUCCCAACAACCUCACCAAUCUGUCAGCAGUGUACGCUGAAUUGGAGAACAUGUACUCAAGCAAGAGGUCCAAGUCCCUGAAGAGUCGUCCUGCUCCCGCCCCCGAGAGUUUGCUGGACCUGGAGCCUCCGUCACGCACACCCUCCCCUACAAUACUCGCUAACACAGGUAGCCGUAAAGGCCCCCCGCCCCCCACCUCCUGGCCCGAGCCCCUCCCCAGCCCCCCUCCCUCCCAGUUCUACUCGUCAGGGCUGACGAGCCAGACCAGUGGGGAGUCCAACCCCUACAUCAGCCUGGACAGCCCCCCUCCAUCACCUCCAGAGCCCCCGGACUACCCGACCAGCCCCCCCGCCCACCUCAGGAACAAACGGCGCUACACCUUCUCCAAACCGCCACGUUCAGAAGACACGGAUCGCUUCCUGGACGCUCUGAGCGAGCAGCUGGGACAGAGGGUGGCCAUCAUUGAUGACUUCUUGACUCCGGAGAACGACUAUGAGGAGGAUGUUGUGCAGAUGGGAUUCCCAGAUGAGGAAGAUGAGGAUAAUGAGGAGGAGCUGGGGGUGGACGAAGAUGAAAAUGGAGGAUUUGUGGCUCCAGAGCUCAGCAGCCCGAGUGACGUUCAGAGCAGCAGUGGAGAAGAGAACGCCUCCUCCCUCACCUACUCUUCCUCCUCCGAUCACAUCCCUCCACCUCCGAUGACUCCUCCUCCACCUCCACCUGUUCAGUUCAACGACCCGCCUCCUCCUCCUCCUCCUCCAGCACCUGUACAGACUCAGCCUCAGCACCAACAACAGCAGCAGCUGCUAAGCUACACCCCUGAACACUCCCCACGGGGAUAUGUUCCCAUCCGCCGGAAAUCUGGACCCCCUCCGCCACCUCCUCCUCGCAGUAAUCCACCACCUAAACGGCACUCCUUACACAAGGUGAUGCCUUCAAGAGACGACCUCCAGGUCCACGCUACCAUACAAGAGCUGAAAGCCUUCCAAGAGCAAAAAGUCUUCAAGGAAAGGCAGGCGUAUGAGGAGCAGCAAGCAUAUAAGGAGCGGCAGGCGUACGAGGAGCAGAAAGCCUUUGAGGAGCAACAACUUUUCCAAGAGCAGCAGGCGUACCAGGAACAACAGGCCUACCAGGAGAAGAUUUUCAAGGAGAGACAGGCUUAUGAGGAGCAGAAAGCGUAUGAGGAGCAAAAAGCCUUCGAAGAGCAACAGUUGUACCAGGAGCAACAAGCCUACCAAGAAAGACAAGCGUACGAACAGCGCCAAGCCUACCAAGAACAAAAAGCUUACGAACAGCGUCAAGCCUACAAGGAGCAGAAAGCGCUCGAGGAGCUUCAAGCCUACCAGGAGCAAAAAGCUUACGAAGAACGUAAAGCUUACGAGGAACAAAAAGCUUACGAGGAGCGCCAGGCCUACGAGGAGCAACAAGCGUAUCAGGAGCAGCAGAUCUACCAGAGCCACCACUCGAUGCCUAACCAGCCGACGCAGCAGAAAGCCCACUCGCCACUGCCUCUGCAACAACUCCACCAGUCCUUACCGCCGCUCCCCUCUCCGGACUCCACCCAUCAGCACAGUAGCCACCCUCUGUUUAUGAUGCGGCAAGCACAGCAGCAACAAGCCCACCAGAGUCACCACCACCGCCGUCUGUCCCGUUCAGCCCCACCUCCACACCAGCCGUCGCCCCAACCGACAGCACACCCCAACCAACAGGCUCAGUACGCUGAGGGCAUCUACCAAAGUCACCAGGGCCUGAGAACCCAGGGCCACCAUUCCUCUGCAGAGAUGCUCCACCAGAUGCACCAAGCCCCAGCCGACCACUCCUCCACCGAGAUGCUCCACCAGUUGGUGCAAUCCCAGACGCACCACUCAUCUGCCGAGAUGCUCCAGCAGAUGCAACAGGCCCACGGCCACUUCUCGUCUUCAGAAAUGCUCCACCAAAUACACAAAACCAAGGCCCAUCAUUCCUCAACGGAGGUCCUGCACCAGGGUCAUCAGAUGCAGCAAAUGCAGCCCCACCACUCCUCCACCGAACUCCUCCACCAAGCGCACCAGAUGCAUCGGGGACAAGCGCACCAUUCCUCCACAGAGCUGCUCCAUCAAGCCCAACAGAUGCACCAAACAAAACCGCAUCACUCCUCCACGGAGCUGCUCCACCAGGCCCACCAGAUGCACCAAACAAAGCCCCACCACUCCUCCACGGAGCUGCUCCACCAGGCCCACCAGAUGCACCAAACAAAACCGCAUCACUCCUCCACAGAGCUGCUCCAUCAGGCCCAGCAAGACCCUCCCUCUCUUCCAGUUCAGUUAAACCGGGACAGCCACUCCCACCAGAGUCGGAGAAGUCUUAAAAGUCACCAUCAGCCCCAAGUGUCACCUCAAGGCAGACACCAAGAACAGCAGAUCCUCCAAACCCAUCACCCCCAGCCCACCAAACCCUCUCCCCAAAGACCCCACUCGAUCCAGCAGACCCACCACCACUCCAGCACCCCUCAGAUCCACCACAUCCACCAUAUGACCCCACAGCCCCCUCCGCAGGACUACCAACACCAGAUCCAUGUCAUCCACCCUCCCCAGCAGCCCCACAGGCCUCAGCCGCUUCUCUCCACCUUUCAGCCCCUCCAGCCCCACCAGCCCACCCUCUCCACUUUCCAGCCUCUGCCCCAGCACCACCAGUCCCAGCACCAAGUCCAGCCCUCCACCCAAGCCCCCCGUCCGCAGUCCCAGCCCUCACAUCACCUGCUGCACCACCAGCCCCAAACCCAGUCCCACCACAAGCAGUCCCACGGCCAGGGCCAGCCCCAGUCGCUCCCCCACUCGCUGUCCGACCCUUCGGAGCACCUGGAGCCCCCUCCGCCUCCACCCCUGCCCCCACCCUGCUCCCCUCCACCGCUGCCCAGGCCUUCGCUCUCCAGGAUGGACUCCAACCACAUGAGUGUGAAGAGGUUGCGCUGGGAGCAGGUGGAGAACUCAGAGGGGACCAUCUGGGGACAGUUGGGAGCAAAUUCUGACUAUGACAAACUCCACGACAUGGUGAAGUAUCUGGACCUGGAGCUGCACUUUGGGACACAGAAGAGUGCCAUGCCUGCUCCGGAGCCCACCCUCCUGCCUGAAGCCUUCAAGAAGAAAGAUGUGAUUGAGAUUCUGUCUCAUAAGAAGGCCUAUAAUGCUUCCAUCCUGAUAGCCCACCUAAAGCUGUCUCCUGGCGAGCUCCGUCAGGUGCUGAUGAACAUGGUGAGUGAGCGUCUGGAGCCGGCCCACAUCAAGCAGCUGCUGCUGUACGCUCCCGAUGCAGAGGAGGUGAAGAAGUACGAAGAGUACAGACAGGACCCAAGCAAACUCAGUGAGCCAGACCAGUUUGUGUUGCAGAUGUUAUCAGUACCGGAGUACCAAACCCGCCUGGAGAGCCUCCUCUUCAAGUGCUCCCUGCAGGAGAAGACGGAGGAGCUGAGGGGAGCGUACGACUGCCUCUACAAGGCUUCGAUGGAGCUGAAGACGAGCAAGAAGCUGGCCAAGAUACUAGAGUUUGUGUUGGCGAUGGGGAACUACCUGAAUAACAGCCAGCCCAAACCCAACAAGACUACAGGCUUCAAGAUCAACUUCCUGACAGAGUUGAGCACAACUAAAACGGUGGAUGGGAAGUCAACAUUUCUACAUAUUCUGGUGAAGUCGUUAUGUCAUCACUUCCCUGAGGUGUUGGAUUUUUCCAAAGAUUUAACAAUGGUUCCUCUUGCUGCCAAAGUAAACCAGAGGAUUAUCACAUCAGAUAUGAACGAUCUUCUUACAACCAUCCAGGACAUUCGCUCAGCCUGUCAGAAGAUGCCUUCCACUUCUGAGGACCGCUUCACGGUCGUCAUGAGUAACUUCCUGGAGAACAGUCACCCAGCAGUCCAGUCUCUGGAGUCCCUGCAGCAGAGAGCUAUGGAGGAAUUCAGCAAAACUGCCUCUUACUUUGGAGAAGACAGCAAAGCCACAAACACUGAGGCCUUCUUUGGUAUCUUUGCCGAGUUUAUUGGCAAAUUUGAGAGAGCUCUCAGUGAUCAACAAGCUGCAGAAAUCCCCAAGAGCCCCAGAAGUCCACGCAUGGCCUCCCCACUGGCCUGGUAACACACACACACACACACACACACACACACACUAACAUAUGGAGAUGACAUGUAAACAUACACACACACUGGCCCUCAUUUAUCAAACGAGCGUCUCUCUACACCUCAACCUGACUGAGAGAAGCUGCUGCUAAUUCAUGUUAGCAUUAACUGGGAUGUUAGCAAUUUGGCUAGCAAAAAACAAAAACAAAAUGUUUGUUACUGACCUCAGAAAACUGAGCAGCGACUCCUUGGAGUGUCUGUUAGUCCAACCAAACACUGAACAAGACAUUUUUACUGAACAAAACGCUCAAAUAAACCGUCAUUAAGUGAAAAUACAGUGAAAGGGUCAAAGUUAUGAGACCAAACCGCUAAACGUCCUUUUUUUAUAUCUAUAUAACGUUAUAUAUAACUUUAUUGAC